AUGCUAAAGUUUGGCAUAAAACUACUACAAGAUAGAAAGUCAAGAGAGUUGCAGGUCAAAAGUGGUAAUGCUGGAACAAAUACCACUCUCCCAGCUUUUGAAUGGCAACUCGUCGCAACCCCUCAAACCACCGGCUCUGGACACCUUCAAUUACCUGAUGAUGCCAUCCUUGGUUCAUCCGGAAAACGUCGUCAUUCCUCUGUCCGUUACAGCUCAUCAUCUAAAAGAGAUACCGUCGCUUCCCCCGAAUCCUCUCGAUUACGCAUGAUACAAAUCAUACACAAUGAAGAAGCACGAGCAAAAUUUCGAGCUUAUCUGGUGUCGCAGUACUGCGAAGAAAAUUUAGACUUUUAUGUCCAAGUUAUGGAAUAUAGAGAAAUAUUCGAAGAAGUAGAAAGAUCAAUGCUAAAAGGAGAAGAAAGAGCAAGGAGGGAGAAAGACAUGAGGAGAGAAGCUAUUAGCAUGGCUAGCUGCAUAUGGAAUCUAUAUUUGAAUGAUGAAAAAGCAAGCAAACCGUUAAACGUUCCCAGAGAGUUGAGUAAUCAAUGUCGAAGAAAUGUCGAAGAAGGAAACUACACGGUAGAUUUGUUUGACAAACUACAACAGCAUUGCUUCGAAUUGAUGGUCCAAGAUUCUCUUCCAAAAUUCACCCACUUGGGGAUACGCACAGUGAACUUGCUCGCGAACGGGAGAGGUAUUCCUGAGAAACGACAACUUCCACCAUCACCCCCAUCACCGUCGUCGCAAUCAUCAUCUUCAUCUGUGUCUUCAUCUUUGGUACAAUCCCAUCAACAAAGCGGAAUAUCAAUGGCUUCGUUUUCGAAUCUUACACGAAGGAUGCUGGCGCCACGAAGAGAUUCUGUAUCAUCCAUAUCAUCACAGACAAGCACAAUUGCAGCGACAGUUAGUAGUACAAACACUUCAAGAAACUCGUCAGCAAAUAAUUCUCCAAAGCUACAAGGGAUGCCUGGGUGUUAUCCGGCGUCGCGGGUUGGCUGUGCUAACAUGCUGUCGGAAAGGAGUGAUAAUAGUAUUAAUAGUGAGUUUGAAAGGGAGUGCGACGGGUAUGGGAUUGAAGCAACGGACAAUGAUAAUCAACACCGUGGCGGUUAUUAUAAUGGAAACGGACAUAAUUCAUCUAACGUUGUAUACCCAAAACGUAUGAAUAACGUGCAUCCUGCGAUAACAGAAUUGAGCAUCAACCUAAGACGCAAUAUGUCUGCUCCUAAUCUCCAUCUGAAUGUAAUUAAGCCGUCCUGGAUUCAUGGAGGAAGUAUAGAUAGCUCUUUUAUGGACAAGUCACUCCCACCUACUCCCUCAUAG